AGAAUAGCGGCGCCGGAGAACCACCUCUUUUCUAGUUUUUAGAGCUCCCGAAGAUGAGGACACUUUGUUCGUGAAACGGCGGGUCCCGGACGAGCAUUCCGCGCGGGUCUUUGCGCUGCGGUUCAGAUGAGAAGCUGGGUGAGCCCUGCAUAUGCGCCAGCUCAUCCAGGUAUUGCGUCGACGCUAUGCCCGCCGCGCAUUCUCGAAGGCCUUCAGGGCAACAACAACACUUCUCCUCCGGCGCCUCGACACGUCAAGCCGGCCUCCAGCCCUCUCCGCCCAAGCACCAGCGCAACAACACAGCGCCCGAGACGCCCACGCUCCUGCGCCUGCCGUCCAGCAGCUCGACCGGCGCCUCAGCGUCGCCGCGGUCUCGACGGGCGACGAACCCCUCCACGCCCGCGCUCACGCCCACACAGGCAUCAGCGUCGUCCGCAACCUCGCCCUCGUACUUCUCCCCGCAGCCCGCCGCCUCUGGCAAGGAGGCUCGCUCGCCGGCCACCCGCAGACCGCCGGCGUCCUUCAGCGGGCAUGGCAUCGACACGUCUCGCGGGCCCCCAAUAACACUCAUUACUCGCGGCAACUCCGAUUACGCGCGCCGGCCGUCGCAGCAGCCGGCCGACUUUGCUUUUGCACAGCAGCAGCUCUCCCAGCUCGGCCUUGUGUCGCCGGGCGGUACGCCGCGCAGCUCGAGAGGCCCGCGGCAGCGCAGGGAUUCCGACGCUUCGGGCGAGCUCGCACCACAGACGCAAACAAACACGCCCACGCUCUCGCGCCAGAACUCCGCGAGGACGCCGCGGCGCCAGCGACACAUGGCCAGCUCCGCAGAGGGCUCCUCCGAGUACGGCUCGGGCAUGCGCAGCCUGUCCGGAGAUACACACGCGGUAAACAGUCGCCAUGGGGCUGCAGACACCGCUGGCACCGAUGGCGGGCAGGGCGAAGACCUUUUCUUGAACAUUGCCGAAGACAGCGCACCUAAAGAGGAAUCCAUGGAUGCCGCAUCGCGGUCUGACAGGUUACGGUCACGGAUAGCCCGCGCCAGCAACCGCCAGUCCUUCCCUUCGGGCCUGCAGUACUCUUCACCAGCGCAGUCGAACUCCACCACGCCCAAUGCCAGCAGGAUACCGUCCGCGAUCGACACCAAGGCGAGCACCCAGCACCGGCGCUCAUCGCUCCUUCCCUCCAGGUCCACCCGGGACCAGACUCCGCUAACGCCAGCCAACCCGCUCGAGACACCGCGGUCGCGUCUUCAGGAUCUCUCGCCCAAGCCAUCCUUUCCCUCAAGACCAAGGGAUUCAGAGCUUUCUCCGAAAGACUUUCUGGCCCAGCUGGAGCUGGGCAGAAGGCGCCCAUCCUAUCCAGAUGCGACACACACUCCGCCGAACCGCACCGGCGCAUAUCGUCCUUCAAAUCUGCACUAUUCCACCUCACGUGAUAAUCCAAGAACUCCCCACAUCGACACGCCGCAGGAAUCGGCAUCGCGGGCUGAUGGUACCGAAUCGCAUGGCUCGACAGGACCGGCUACUUCUGUGUGGGACGAGUUGGAUGAACUCAAGUCGAGGAUCCGUCGGAUAGAGCUGGGAGGCAAGAUCCCCGCUACGUCCGGUGCGGUUGUGUCCCAGGCAUCUGCCGACCGGCCCCGGACCGCUAACACUUCCGCGACUACAGUGUCGUCAUCGCCAAACCAGCAGCGGAGAUCUAAUCAGUCUCCCCCGGAGUCUACCGUCGGCGGCCAUAUGCAGCACAAGGUCCAUCCCUUGCUUGGAGAAGCACUAGCAAGGGCCAAACAGCACAUCUCCCCCGCGGUCUAUCGGGUGCUCGAAGCAACGGCAUCUGAAGCCCUCGCGUUGGCGGAGCUGACGGGAAGUGCAGGACCGCAAGGGACGCUCCACUCUGCAAGCUCGAUCCUUACUGGUGCUUCAAUUCCCGAUCGUCAGGUUCGGCGCAAGGCAGACAACAUCUGUCGCACCCUGACUGAACUGUGCAUUGUCUUGUGCGAUAACAAGUCAAGCAUCGCCAGCCCGGCCGUCAGGAAUACAGCAGCUGUCCCCUCACGUCGCCCUAGCGUCCAGAUCAAUGGCGAGUCGCCCUCGGUCCGGCAAAGCAUCGAGCCUGAGAGCGAUGCACUUCCGCGGUCCAGUCCCAGCAGAGCUAUGAGCCGUAUUGAAGCACGUAGGGCUAGCAUGUUUGCUGGUGGAGCAUAUGGAGGUUCAAGAGAACCUAGCGCCGAGCCGCCAACCCCAUCUCAGUCGCAGAUACCGAACCGCUUCAGUCGCGUAGGCACAAGCUUACACCGGGCGCGUCGCAACGCCGAGGAGGAGGACGAGGAUUUAACGUUGCGGGCGCCUUCGCGGGCGUUGACGGAUUUCCGAGACACUCGGUCUACGCAAAAGUCCCGCUUCAGCAGGGAAUACACUUCGCGAGAGCCCAUGCCAGAUUUGCAGCCUUCGCCUGCGUUACAACCUACCGUGUCACUCCGCCGUCCGACCAUCCCAGGGGCUGAAAACGAGAAUCGGCUGCUUUAUAGGGACAGUAGCAGGCGAUACAAUGAUCUGGACCGUCAAAGGGCCUCUGCCUAUGACAAGCAAACCUUGGCUGAGCCUAGCCCUCGGACGCAGUUCAGCUCAAAUAGGAAUUCCAUCGGAGGGUUAUCCGGUAUUAAUCGCAGUGGGAGUCUAAACCGAAGGCUUCGUGGGACGAGCGCCGGCGAGUGAGCCCACGUAGAGCGCAAGGAGUUGAGAAUAGGGACGACUCUUAUUAUAUACCCAUCCACGGCCAAGAGAUAGCGCAGGCGUACUAGGAACAUGCAAUGCGCCGAGCAAGGAAUCGGCACCCGAGGGCAUCUAGCAUGCCCGCACAUGGAGGCAGAAGACCGACAAGGCGGAAGGCCUGACAUUUUGAGCCCAGAGUUGAGCAGCCAUAUCCUGGCAUCUGUCAGCCUUGUUUGCGUCUUGUUGCGCAGUUUAGUAGAUAUCGGGGAACACACCGUUAGACGCGGCAUUUCUAAUGACUGGGGCUUGGGAAUGAUGCGUUCACGAUUGUAUUACCUAUUAGCAUUGGCAUUGUUCACCACGAUAAAAACCGGGUCGAAGUACUAGCGUCUGGUAUGAAAUGAAAGCGGAGUACCCGCAUAUGCAUAUACAGUAC